UGCCUACAUUGCAGGUUCAGAUCGCGAGUAUGUGCAUGUGCAUCAACAUCUCCGCCUCGGUUGCCCUCGGCUGCCUCUUUACGCCCAAGGUCUACCUGGUGCUGUUCCAGCCGUAUAAAAACGUCCGCCCCGGUCACCCUAACACGAGCGGCUUGCAGAGCGGCAAUCGCGCGGCGUACAGCAUGCGCUUCGCCGCCGGUCGCAGCCAGACAAUGCAGAGCGUGACAUCGGCCUCGGCGGCCUCACGCAGCAGCCCGACGAUGCCCCGCGGGGCCACGGGACGCGCGGACGAGCGGAAGCACGCGAACGGUGAGACCCAGGCGCUGGCGAGCCCGUCGGUCGAGGAGACUUCCGUUAGCUAGGUCGCUCUCAUACACCUCCCUCCCUGUCCAGAGCAUCGGGCGAGGAUGCGCGAGACCGAGGCGGAGGUGUAUGUUGUUAACGGCGGCAACGACGGCGGCGGCGGCAGCGGCAGCGGUGGCGGCGGCGGCAACGACAGCAGCGACGACGACGACGAAGAUGGGCGCAAGCUGUCGACCGUUCAGGAACUGCCGGAGCUCACUGCCAGCCCGCCGGUCAGCCUGGCGAUGCGCCAAGCACGCGAGAGGAGUCAGCGCGAGGAGUCGGGCGAACCGCGUCGCGAUUCCGAUCAGCCGAGCGAUCGCAACGAAGCCGCGAUCAGCAGCAUUUCCGAGAGAGUAGAAGCGCGCGCGAGGAAAGAGGGAUCGUGCCCGAACGAGGAGCAGAUUCUAAGCUACAGCAACUCGCCGACCUUCUCCGAAUUCUCCUCGUAGUAUUCGAACGGUCAUCCCGAAUCGCGACAGGUCCCCCCUUCAGCAUCCUUCACGGAGCUUCCGACCAGCACGAAGGGCCUCGUCUAUCUUGCCGCACUCGACAGCAUUUUAUAAACGCCAGACGUUUUAUAUAUUCCCACGAGAUGUGAGUGAUCUGCCAACGCUUGUUUAACUCUUUGUACUCCCGUGGCGACACACCAAGUUACACAAGAUGUUUCGUAACACUUCGAUAUUUUAGGAAUUGACUUUUUGAGGUCAUUUCACGAAGAAAAGCUUAUGUGAACAUAUGGUCUCAAAAAGCGUUAUUUCAGAGAUAUAGGGUGUUAAAAAUUCUAUAAAAUUGUUUUUAAUAGCUUUUAAACAAAAAAGGUUUUUUUUUUAGUAAAUACUUGUAAUAUUCUGUAAAAAGUCAAUGGCAACUAUAGAAGCAAAUUUUAGUGCAUUAAUGCCCAAAACUUUUAUGACAAUGGAAUCAAAUCUUUCUGCAGAUUUUUAUUAUUUUAUUAAAAUACAUUUUCUCAUUAAAGAUUCUAAAAAAUGGUAAUUAAAAGAAUAAAAUAAUUUUAUAGAAUUUUUAAUACCUUGUAUCUCUGAAAUGAGAUUUUCGAGAUCAUUCAUAUUCAUAUAAACUUUUCUUCAACUUGUCAAAUCAACUCAUAAAAUAUUGGACAGUAUUUAAGAAUAUAACUAAAUCUGACGGACAUUCUUAUCAUAAAUUAAGUAAUAUACAUUUGAACUAUAAAAGAGGAAUCUAAAUUAAAAUCGAAAAAGCUUCCAUUAACUGAAUAAUUUAUAUUUCUAAAUUAUUGUGUUUUCUUUCAGGACAGAUAGAUUCUUUGACAACGAAAAAUUGUCAGAAAAUUAUGAGAAAUUAUCAGAAUAAUUUUGAAUGCAAAGAGUGACAUUUGAAAUCGUAAACGCAUACUCGACGGCCGCAACUUGGUCGUCCGAAAAAAAUGGUCCUUUUGCACAGACUGCGAUUUUGUACAGUUAUUCAUAUCGGAAACCUUCGUGUUUUGUUUACCCUCGGGCGCGCGUACGCCACGCUCUCGUCGACAUUCAGCAAGUUUCCAGCAUCACGCGGCUGAGUUUUUGAGGUCUAUUCAACUUUCGCGGACAAAGACCUUUUUCCUAUAUGUGUGCCAAUAACGCGGGGGAGUUUAUAUGAGUUUCGAAUUGACCGGAACUCGGCAAGUACCAAGUAUUUCGACGUGAAAACAAUAGACGAGAGAUGCAUUGUAUAUUCAUAUUAAGAGAAUAUCCUCUACGAGAGAGAGGAUUUGUAUAAAUUAAAUAUUCGAUAUUUCUCAUAAUUAAUUUGCGCCAGAUAAAUAGCACUUGCUCGUUAUUCACAAAACCAUCUCGGUAUUGUUAUAUCGACGUGGUACGGUAAAUGAUAAAUUACUCGAAAUGAUGAUAGAUCGCCCGAAAUUACGCGAAGGUGGUCCUUAAAACUCUCUCUCGUGAUUUUGGAAUACUGUGUACAUACGUUAAUUAAUUAUGAACGGAUAUGAGUGUGCUAGGAAUAUACGGAAGUAUUACAAUUCGAUAAUCAAAUUAGCCGAGGUAAUUAUCGCAUCCUAUCGCUCGAAGACGAAUCACGGAUGCGAAUGUUAGCGAUAGCGUUAAUCUCAGUCGUAGUAGAAACGAGAAUUACUAAUUAUUAUAUAAUGCUAACAGCGACUAUGCGUAGAGGUGUCAGUUGCCAAAUAUUCGAAAUAGGAGUUUGGUCGUGGUGAUCUGGACGUUCUUAAAAAACCCAUUGCUUUUAUCUUCAAUUCGGCUUUAAGGUAAAAAUUCCUCUUAUAUAUUAAAAUUUAUGCGAGAGAGGCUGCAAUGAAAUUGGAGACGUGAAGUACAAAUCCAAUUCGCACAUUAUUCCCUUCCGUUUUCAGCGUAGAAACUUUUGCACAGCUUAUCCUUAAGUAAAAAUAACUUGUGUCAAGUUGGAGAACAGAUCCUCGCAAAAAAAACGGAACAUUAAUCCCAGCUCGAACGUAUAAAUUCGAGGCACAAUGAAUGCGCUAAAGUUAAGACAACGAUGAAUUUAUUUUUAACGCGUCUCAACGCAGUUGUUACAUCGAGAGUACGCCUAAUAAUGAACUAUUUUGAUGAGAGAGAGAAAGAGAGAGAGAGAAAGAGAGAGAGAGAGAGAGAGAGAGAGAGAGAGAGGGAGAGAGAAAGAUCACACCGACCCUACAAAUAACACAUUCUUAUACAAAGAAGCCAAAAUCAAAACGAUUUUAUUUGCAGCACGAUAAGAAUUGCUAGGUAAGAAAGACUCGACGAAGCGUUUUUCGGCGACAAUUAUAUUAAUGUUGUUAUAGCCAUCGUAAGCGUAGAGCGUAAACGAAGGCAAAGUCUAUAUCGACUCGUUAGGACUGUUAUUAUCGUUUUCAGAGAAUAUCGAAAGAAUGUCUUGCUAAUUCGAUUUCUAUAAUGCUAUUUCGCGCAUUGUACAUAUACGAUACGCCUAAGAUACCGUUGUUGAUUAUUUAUCGUAACGUGUCUCUGCAUUAAUAUUAUCUGAAACAAAUGUUUGUAUGGCAUACGUAUCGUUAAAAAUAAAUUUGAAUACAGUCAUUGACACUUUGAUUAUCAUGUCGCACAUAUGGCAGUAAGUGAUGAUUUUAUUUAGCCGUAAUUAAGGAAUUAUUUUAUUAAGUAUUUAUUAAAACGUUAAAAUAGAACAAUAAAAUAUAAAAAUAAUACACUCGA